AUUACUAAAAUAAUUUCUUUUCAUUUUAAUGAGUGUCUGAUCAAACUCGGACAGUAUAUAUAUGGAUCCCAGUGGAACCUUUCCUAAAUGUCCGUGGGGCUGAGGAGAAAUUCGGGAUAGUUACUUACAAUUCUAGUCAGCAGUUUAAUCAGAGAAAUGCUUCUAUAAUGUCUGAAGUCAUACGGAUUGAAGUUGUUGGACGUGACAUUGUGAAUUUAAAAAAUCCACUUAAAAUACGUUUCCCAGUGAAUAAUUACAAAAACGACUCAAACAAAAGCUACAAAUAUUCCUGUCAAUACUAUGAUGAACAAGGAAACAACACCUGGAAAACGGAUGGCUGCAACACCACUCAGAUCAAUGAUACUGUUGUGGAGUGCUCCUGUGACCACAUGACCCCUUUUGCUGUGCUUCUAGUUGAUGUGAAAAACAUGGAUGUACAACAAUGGGAAAUCUUGUCGUACAUCAGCUACAUAGGCUGCAGUCUGUCUGCGGUCUUUUCUGCUUCCUCCAUCUUGUCGUUCAUUUUCAACAGGAACGCAAGAGCAGAAGUGUCCAGCAGCAUUCAUGUGUCUCUAAGCGGCGCUCUGUUUCUCCUCAACAUAAGCUUCAUGUUCAGUGAGUGGGGCGCCACACUGACAGUGAAAGAAGUCUGCGUGUUUAUUGCCGUGACGAUGCACUACAGCCUGCUGUGUUCUUUCACCUGGAUGGCUAUUGAAGCCUUGCACCUCUACCUUCUUCUGGCCAGAGUGUUCAACAUUUACAUCAAAUACUACAUGUUCAAGUUGUCCCUAAUCGGAUGGGGAAUCCCUGCUGUUCUUGUUGGAAGUUUGCUGUCAGUUCAACAACUCUCCCGUCCAUUCUAUGGCGCCAUAGGUGUGACCUUAUCGAAUUCGAAUGCAACAAAUGCAGUCUGCUGGAUCACAGAGCCUCUCAUCCUGUAUGGCGUGAACCUUUCCUACUUCACCAUCAUAUUCGUGUUCAACACAAUAGUUCUAAUCACAGUGUCCAGACAGAUCUUUAAGCUAAAGAAAGUGGACAACAAGCAUAAGAAAAUACCAGUGAAGGAUGCCAGCACAGUGCUGGGCCUCAUGUGUCUGAUGGGAACAUCAUGGGGUUUGGUUUUUCUUUGCUCUGGAUAUACCAGCUACCCAAUACUCUACAUAUUCUGCAUUUCAAACACAAUGCAAGGCUUUUCUAUCUUUCUGUGGAUGUGUCAGACAGCAAGGUCAGAAAAACAGAAAGCAGCUCAUACCAAGUCUGCAUCCACUGUGGACACCUUCACUAUUGAAAAACAAAAGGAACCAAAAUGACCAGUCUCAUGAUGAGCUGAAUAGAUUUAUGACUACAAACCAUUGUUCUCAAUAAGGUUUUUUAUUUAUAUUUAUAUUAUAUUUAUAUUAUAUUUAAAAACAAUCUCUCUUUUUUCCCAGUCCAUAUGGUUCCUCUAAAUGCGAAACAAUUCCACACUCUCGCUGUGUCUGAAAUCACACCCUUUAUCCACCUUAUUUUGCAAUGUGGGAGUAAGUCUUUUUCUUUGAAUAUGCGAUUCAUUUGCCGCUAUAGGUAAAUAACUAGAAGAAUAAGUGCAGUCUACCUAUUUGCACUACAACCAGUGUGUUUAUGAUUAUGGUAAUGAAUUAAAAUACUAUAUCAAAAUAACAGAUUGCAAUAUCAAGCAGCAUAACAGACUGUAUUUGUAGGGGUAAAAUAACUGGAAGUGAAUAACACUGAAAGGCUUGCAAAUUCAAGUUAACCCUAACCCAAAAUAAAAUGUCCAAAUACUACAGAUUCAGAUGCAACAUCACUGUCUGAGUUCACUACUUGUUUUCAUUUACUCACUGAAGUGGACUUAUGUUGGGAAUAGUGAAUGAGGGUAUUGGGGGCGAAUUUUGGAUACUGCUUUGUUCUCAAUCUGUGAUUUACUUUCUUCUGCAGAAUACAAUGUGUAAACUGUUUUGUGUAUUGUAAUGUAGAAAAUAGUGUAUGCAAAAUAACAUUUCAAUGUUGAACUUUAUAGAGGUUUCACUAUAUUUACGAUACAGAUGCACAGUGCUAUGUAUUUCCUUUGUUCUAUUCAUAGUAAGUAAGAAGACAUGUGAUGGGUAACUUAUCUUUUUUCCCCUAAGCUGUACAUUUAUUCAAAUUGCAGUUUCUUUAAAUUUCUUUAGAACUUUAAGUUUAUUUACAUUUAGCAAUAAAGCCAAGUCUAAAAUUCUGAGCUUCUGAGCUAAAAUUCUGUGUGGGUCUGUUGAGUCCAUUAGCAACACAAAAAUAUUGUCAGUACAUUUUAACUGUUCCUAUAGCUCAAACAGUACAGUGUGGCACAAGCAAUGGUAACAACAUGGGUUUGAUUCCAGCGAAUGCAUAAACUGAUCAAAUGUAUACCCCUCGAUGCAAUUAAAGUUGUUUUGUACAAUAUAACUACAAUAUAAAAUGCAUUCAGAAAGUAUUCAGACCCCUUAAUUUUUUUAAAC